GUUUCUCCUAAGAUCUUGCCAGGUGACACAUUAAACUCAAGCUGUGAGCUCCACCCGGUUGACUUGGUUGUAAUCAAUCUCGAAUCGUUCCUCCUCUUUCUCUUUACUGCUGUCAAGCCUAUCAACAGGUCAACUGCCUAGCGAUCGCUUACGGCCUCUCCUUCUUUCCUGUAAUCGUCAAAGCUCUCUUAAAUCUUAAUGGAUUCGACCUGUUUCCCAGGAUUGAAUACGCUGAUGAUAUCAGUAGUACUGCUGAUACGGAGACGGUCCUUUAUCAUCAUCGCCUUUGCUUUGACCUGUUUAUUAUUUUUGAUUCGAUUUGAUUACUUUUAUUCAUGGAUACAACCCGCAAGGCUUCAAUGGACAGUUGCGGCAACAACAUCAUCAUUGAUUCCAAGAAGAAUAUGGCAAAUUCUAUUACCGAUGCCGAACACGAUACAUGCGAAAGGUAUCUCUAAUGCACAAACGCGCUCGUGGCUGCUCAUGAACCCCGAUUACACGUACACUCGCUUCGGUUCCGAUGGUGCAGUUGAAUUCCUUGCGAAACACUACUCAGGAACACCAUACCUCAAAACGUUCAAUAAAUUACAGAACCCAGCAUUAAAGUCCGAUUUUCUACGAUACCUACUAUUAUUCGCCGAAGGUGGUGUAUAUAGCGAUCUGGAUACCACAAUCAUCCAUCCGGUAGAUGAUUGGAUUCCAGAACAAUACAGAACACGGGCGAAGGUUCUUGCAGGUAUUGAAUGGGACCAACGCGAUGAAAAGGAUUUGAGAGAUGAGUACGCAUAUCCUGUGCAGUUUCAGCAAUGGACGUUAGCUACCGUACCCGGGCAUCCUAUUUUUGAAGACAUUACGGAACAUAUAAUGGCCAGUCUUCAAAACUAUACAAUGGCUUACGACACGACAUUAAGUGAAUUGAAGCUUAGUGACCGAGAGAUACUCCGGGCGACAGGGCCAGGGGCUUGGACAGGAGCUGUCUGGAGGUAUAUUCAAGUAUGUGGAGUGACCGACUUGAGGGAUCUUUCGUACAUGACCGAACCGACGCUGUUUGGGGACUUGUUAGUUUUUCCAGUUAAUGGUUUUGGAUCAGGGCAGGACCAUUCGGGCAGCGCACGCUGGUUCACGCCGAAAGAUGCUCUGGCACUCCCGCUUCUUGAUAUUAGUGCUUCGUUCAUUAUACUAUACCUCCUGGUGUUCGGUUUUCAGACUGCGUCACAGUCUCUCAAUCGUCCUGACAGUGGAUUGCCGGUCUAUCUUGACCGUGGUCCUGAUUUUGACAUUGUCGAAAUUAUAUUAGACUAG